AUGCUGCAGCGGGCGGCGAGCAAUGCGUAUUCAUGGUGGUGGGCAAGCCACAUCCGCACCAAACAGUCAAAAUGGCUCGACAACCACCUCCAAGAUAUGGAACACAGGGUUAAGUGCAUGCUCUUGCUCCUUGGGGAGGAGGCUGAUUCCUUUUCAAAGAGAGCAGAGAUGUACUACAAGAGGCGACCUGAGGUGAUCACUCAGGUGGAAGAAGUGUAUCGGGCAUACAAGGCUCUGGCUGACCGGUAUGACAUCAUGUCAGGGGAGCUGCACAAAGCAAACCACACCAUCGCCACUGCCUUUCCUGACCAGGUCCAGUACGCAAUGCUGGAAGAAGAGGAUGAUAACAUCCCAAAGGCAUUCACCCCAGUUGACCCACGCAAAAUCCACAAGUCUACUGUUGAUGAGUUGAUGAAGAAGAAAAAGGGAGAGCAUCCUGGAUCAAAGGGUGGGGGAGCAAAGAAUAGCAGCACCUCAGCUUCGAUCAGUAAGGAGAACGCAGGGGAAGAGAUCAGCAGGCUGCAGAAAUCUAUACUCGUCAUGCAGACCGAGAAAGAAUUUAUCAAAAGCUCCUACGAGAGCGGCAUCGCAAAGUACUGGGAUCUUGAGAAGGAGAUCAACGAAAUGCAGCAGCAGGUUUGCCACUUCCAAGACAAGUUUGACGAAAGCGCGGUGAUUGAAGACGACGAAGCCAGAGCCUUGAUGACAGCAACCGCGCUCAAGUCCUGCGAGGACACUAUUAUAAAGCUGCAAGAGCAGCGGAAGGCCUCUGCGGGGCAAGCAGUGGGAGAGUCGGAGCGAGUCAAGGUUUUCAGAGAGAAGCUCGAGGCGAUAAUGAAGAAGCAUGGCAAAUCUCUGCCGGAUCCUGUGGACUUGUCUGACAAGAGCACACGAAAGAGCCACGGCACAGAGAUGCAGGAUGUUUACCAUGUGAAGCAAGGUGCUAUAGAAACGCAGGCCGUUAUUGACAAGAUCAAGGAACACUUUGAGAAGGAUAGCAACAUCUCCAUGGCUGAACUUACAGAGAGAAUUGAUGAGCUUGUCAACAAGGUUGUUGACCUGGAGCUCAUGGUUUCAUCGCAAACCUCCCAAAUAGACCGACUCUGUCGGGAGAACACCGAGCUGGAAAAUUCCCUGCAGAGCCUGGACGACGAGAAUGCAGCGCUGGACGGUGGAUCAAGUGAAGUGGAUGAGAAGCUCAGACAAGCAGAGGAGGACCUUGUCAGAGUUCAGGCUCUCGAAAGCUCCUUCCACAAGGACGAAAGCACAAUCCGUUCCAAUUUCGUGGAAGCAAUAAGCAGAUUCAGCGAUCUAUCAGACCUGCUGCUAUCGCCGGUUUGUGAGCAGGAGCAGCAGCACACUGGUUCUGCUCCGACAGAGGCAGUAUCAUCAGAUGAGCCAAUAUCAUCAUCAACUGAGGCGGGGCCUCAGCAGAUUGCCGCUGACAACAAUGCCGGGCUAGCAGCGUCUGGUGUUGCCAAGCUGCCGGACGAAGCUGACGAUGAUGCAGUUGUUGCGGCGGGCACUGAUGAGUCAACCAAGAGCACCAAGAACAGCAGCGAGCAGCAGCAGCAGCAAGUAGACAAGAGCUGCUCACGCGAGAGGGGUUCACUGUUGGCACGCCUUCGUCACAUCUCGUCGGACGACCUUGGAGGAGGCAACGAAGAGAUGGGCAUCAGCAAGGUCGUCGUCGAAGAUUAUUCAUCUUCGUCAGCUAAUACUGACAUGAUGAUGAAGCUGCAGGAGAGGCUGGCAGAUAGCCUGGAGGACAAGGAGAAGGUGCUCCUAGGCGAGUACACCUCGCUGCUCGAGGACUACAAGGACGCCAAGAGGAGGCUCGCGGAGAUGGAGAAGACGAACCAAGAGUGCUUCAAGGAGAUCCGGUCACUCCGCGAAGAGAUGGCCGCCGCCUCCGCAGGGGAAGGACAGGGACCCCGGCGGCUGGGUCACCGGAGGACCCCGAGCUACUCGGCUCUCCACCAGAGGCGACCCAGCGUGUCCUCCCUCUCGAGGCUGAUACGGAUGAGCUCCACCGUCGUCCAGUCGCAGCAGCAUGAAGGUGGUGGUGGCGGCGACCCAGCAGCAGCUGAUCCCUGCAGCUUCAACCUGGAGGACUUGAGGCUGCCGGCGGCGGGGAAGGCGCCGUCGCCGCUGGAGGAGAAGUUCAGGAGGGACAUCGACACGCUCCUGGACGAGAACCUCGAGGUGUGGAUGAAGUUCAGCUCGUCCCUGCAGCGGGUGCAGGAGUUCCAGAGCAAGCACAAGAGCCUGCAGAGGAAGCUGCAGCUGAUCAACAGCGAGGACGCGGCAGCAGUAGCCAAGCAGGACGGGUCGACGGAGAAGCAGCUGCGAGACUUGAAGACGGAGCUGCAGGUGUGGUCGGAGCAGAACGCGAUGCUGCGCGGGGAGCUCCAGUGCAGGUUCACCUCGCUCUGCGACAUCCAGGAGGAGAUCACGGCGGCGCUGGACGCCGGGGCGGCGGCGGACGCGGCGGCGGACCAGGACCAGGACCACCAGUUCACGUCGUACCAGGCCGGCAAGUUCCAGGGGGAGGUGCUCAACAUGCAGCAGGAGAACAACAGGGUGUCGGACGAGCUGCAGGCCGGGCUGGACCACGUCAAGGGGCUCCAGGCGGAGGUGGAGCAGGCGCUGGCCAAGCUCCACCGCCGGAGCGUCAGCUUGCCGGACGACUCCGGCAGCUCCUCCGUCCAUGGCGGCAGCAUGGGGCGCCCGCCGUCCAACAAGUCCAAGGCGGUGCCGCUGCAGUCGUUCCUCUUCCCGGCCAAGAACAAGAAGCCGUCCCUGCUCGCCCGCGUCACGCCGGUGCUCCAGAAGCAGCAGGCGGAGAUGAAGUUUCUUCCCAAGUUGCCAAGGUAG